UAUCUCGGAAGGUGGAGCAUGGUGUUUAUUUUCGUUUAUCAAACUUGAUUCCAUGUCGUCUAUUUUGCGACCGGAGUUACAUUCGUAUCGGUUUUGUCAGCAUGCAGCGCAGUCUCUAUUAGUUUGUUGUGGGUGGUGAAGUGUAUCGUUUCGGAAUUAAGGUUAUGAUAAACUGAGUACAUAUCUUUAAUAAAAUAUGUUAAUUUUAUAUCGAACGUGAAGAAUUGUGAUAUAUCAUAGAAGCUGCCUGAAUUGCUGCCCGAAUUUCUAACUACUCUAGCAAGCUCUAUGUGAUAUUUUAUCGAAUUUUACAUAACUAUAGUAUUAUUUUUACAUUUUUAUCAUAAAUAGUUUAUUUAUACAAAUAAGUCAAUAUGGCGAUGUGCGGUAAAGUGUUUAAUAUUCGUGAAACCACGAGGAGGAUACGAAUUUGGAGCCUUUCGCAGAAUUAUUAUUAUUCCAAAAAUGUGGAAUAUCGACCUAUUCGGAGUGUGAUGGUAGCCAAUAGAGGAGAAAUAGCUAUUCGAGUUUUCCGAGCAUGUAACGAAUUAGGAAUUAAAUCUGUUGCUAUAUACAGCGAACAAGACAAAAUGCAUAUGCACAGGCAAAAGGCAGACGAGUCCUACAUGGUUGGCCGCGGUUUACCACCAGUAGAGGCAUAUUUAAACAUACCAGAAAUUAUAAGAAUAGCCAAAGAAAAUGAUGUGGAUGCAAUUCACCCUGGAUAUGGUUUCCUAUCUGAACGAUCAGAUUUUGCCCAAGCAGUCAUUGACGCAGGAAUACGGUUUAUUGGUCCAACUCCUUAUGUUGUGCAGCAGAUGGGUGACAAAGUCGCCGCCAGACAGGCAGCAAUUGAAGCAGAGGUUCCAAUAGUACCAGGAACUGAUGGACCAGUCACUACUACAGAUGAAGCGAUGGACUUUUGCUUGAAACAUGGUCUUCCUGUCAUAUUUAAAGCAGCUUACGGUGGAGGAGGUCGCGGUAUGAGAGUUGUUCGUAACAUGGAUGAAGUGGUCGAAUCUUUCGAACGUGCAUCUUCAGAAGCAAAAGCAGCUUUCGGCGAUGGAUCCAUGUUUAUCGAAAAGUUUAUCGAAAGGCCAAGACACAUUGAGGUGCAAUUGUUGGGUGAUAAACAGGGUAAUAUAGUACAUUUAUACGAACGUGAUUGCUCUGUUCAAAGGCGGCAUCAGAAAGUAGUUGAAAUUGCUCCUGCUCCACACUUGUCUCAGUCUCUCAGAGAUCGAAUGACUGCCUGUGCUGUUAAAUUGGCAAGACACGUUGGAUAUGAAAAUGCUGGUACCGUUGAAUUUUUAGCCGAUGAUAAGGAAAACUUUUACUUUAUCGAAGUAAAUGCCAGAUUGCAAGUAGAGCAUACCGUCACAGAAGAAAUAACGGGCAUUGAUUUGGUACAAUCGCAAAUUCGAGUGGCCGAAGGCAUGACUUUACCGGAAUUGGGUUAUUCACAAGAAAAAAUCAAACCAAGAGGAUACGCUAUUCAAUGCCGUGUAACUACAGAAGAUCCUGCUAACAACUUUCAGCCAAGCACUGGUAGAAUCGAAGUAUUUAGGUCUGGCGAAGGUAUGGGCAUUCGUCUGGACAGCGCAUCAGCUUUUGCCGGAGCCAUCAUCUCGCCCUAUUACGAUUCACUUCUUGUAAAAGUAAUCUCAAGUGCAAGUGACCUCCAGUCUUCUUGUGCCAAAAUGACCAGAGCUUUGAGAGAAUUUAGAAUUCGUGGUGUCAAAACAAAUAUUCCAUUCUUAUUAAACGUUUUAGAAAAUCAGAAAUUUAUCAAUGGAGCUGUCGAUACAUACUUUAUUGACGAAAAUCCACAGCUGUUCCAAUUCCAGACUUCUAAAAACAGAGCUCAGAAACUAUUGAAUUAUGUUGGUCAGGUAUUAGUAAAUGGACCAACAACACCUUUAGCUACAAAACUGAAACCGGCAGAAAUAAAACCGCAUGUUCCAGAAUUCCCAUUGAAUUUAUCUAAGGAAGCUCUUGAACGUGAGGAAUCUGGUGAAGGAUCAGUGACUGAUCCACCAAAAGGCAUGCGAGAAAUUCUCAAAAAAGAAGGACCAAGUGCAUUUGCGAAGGCGGUGCGUGCCAACAAGGGACUUAUGUUGAUGGACACCACUUUCCGUGACGCUCACCAAUCUUUGCUGGCAACACGUGUUAGAACUCACGAUCUUUUGAAAAUUUCUCCAUUUGUCGCACACAAAUUCAAUAAUUUGUAUUCCUUAGAAAAUUGGGGAGGAGCCACUUUUGAUGUAGCCCUUAGAUUCUUACACGAAUGCCCCUGGGAGCGUUUGGAAGACAUGCGUAAGCAAAUCCCCAACAUCCCAUUCCAAAUGUUGCUUCGAGGCGCCAAUGCUGUAGGUUACACAAAUUAUCCUGAUAACGUUGUAUUCAAAUUUUGCGAGUUAGCAGUGGAAUGUGGAAUGGAUAUCUUCCGAGUUUUCGAUUCCCUAAAUUACUUGCCUAAUUUAAUUCUUGGAAUGGAAGCAGCUGGUAGAGCUGGAGGUGUUGUCGAGGCGGCUAUUUCUUACACUGGUGAUGUCAGUGACCCCACCAGAACGAAGUACAAUUUGAAAUAUUACACAGAUUUAGCUGACGAACUCGUCAAGGCUGGUACGCACGUCUUAGCUAUUAAGGAUAUGGCCGGACUUUUGAAACCAAAAGCUGCUAAGAUGUUAAUAACAGCUAUUCGAGACAAGCAUCCCCAUGUUCCAAUUCACAUUCAUACCCACGAUACUUCUGGAGCAGGAGUCGCUUCCAUGUUGGCUUGCGCAGAAGCAGGUGCUGAUGUAGUUGAUGUAGCUGUCGACAGCAUGUCUGGUAUGACUAGUCAACCGAGUAUGGGUGCAGUUGUAGCCAGUUUACAAGGAACCAAAUUGGAUACAGGACUACAACUAAAUGAUAUAUCUGGGUAUUCUGCAUAUUGGGAGCAGACGCGGACGUUAUAUGCGCCUUUCGAAUGCACCACGACAAUGAAAAGUGGAAAUGCUGACGUAUAUUUGAAUGAAAUUCCUGGAGGUCAAUAUACAAACUUACAGUUCCAAGCAUAUUCAUUAGGUUUAGGUGAAUUCUUUGAAGAUGUGAAAAAAGCAUACAGAGAAGCUAAUCUUCUUCUAGGAGACAUAAUUAAGGUAACACCUUCAUCUAAAGUUGUUGGUGACUUAGCUCAAUUCAUGGUACAGAAUAAAUUGAAUGCUCAACAAGUAAUGGAAAAAGCAGAAGAUCUAUCAUUCCCUAAAUCAGUGGUUGAAUUCUUGCAAGGAUCCAUUGGUACCCCUCAUGGAGGUUUCCCUGAGCCAUUUAGAUCUCGAGUCCUGAAGGACAUGCCAAGAGUUGAAGGACGUCCUGGUGAAUUUUUACCAGAUUUUGAUUUUAAGAAAUUGAAGACUGAUUUACAAGAGAGUUUUCCUGAUGUUACUGAUCGUGAUGUUAUGUCAGCAGCCCUGUAUCCAGAAGUCACCAACGAUUUCUUACAAUUCAGAGAUGAGUAUGGAUCCGUCGAUAAAUUAGAUACAAGAAUAUUUUUAACAGGCCCAAAGGUUGGUGAGGAGUUUGAUGUUCAAAUUGAAAAGGGAAAGACUUUAGGAAUUAAAACAUUAGCUAUGGCAGAAGAUUUAACUCCAAGUGGAGAACGAGAAGUAUUCUUUGAAAUGAAUGGUCAAAUGAGAUCAGUCCUCAUUAGAGAUAAAGAAGCUGUCAAGGUAAUGCAUGUGCAUCCCAAAGCAGCAAAAGGAAACAAAAACCAAGUUGGUGCUCCAAUGCCUGGUGCUGUAAUUGAUAUUCGAGUUCAAGUUGGAGAUACUGUGGAAAAAGGUGCGCCAUUAGUUGUUUUAUCAGCUAUGAAAAUGGAAAUGAUAGUACAAGCCCCAAUUGCUGGAAAAAUUAAGGAAAUAGAAAUUGAAAAGGGCAUGAAAUUGGAAGGAGAUGACCUUUUGAUGACAAUUGAAUGAGUGUAUAAAUGAUGUGAAAUAUUAUUUAGUUAGGAAUAGUUAAAUAGUUGUUAAUUAU